CAUAAUUCAAUUCCUUGGGAUCCCCCCACACCCACAACUGACUUAUGAAUAUGCAGCCCGACGAGUUCAACCGACAGCCACGUCGACGAACGACAAAGAUGGCUACCGCCGCCGCCCCCCCCAAGUUCCUUUGCCACCUCCACGCCAUCCUCGCCGUGGAGGACCCCAACGUUGUCGCAUGGUCCGAUGAUGGCUCGUGCUUUCACCUGUAUGACGUGAAUCGUCUCGAGCGCGAGGUCCUGCCCAAGUACUUCAAACACAACAAGCUGUCGAGUUUUCAGCGGCAACUCAACUACUUUGGGUUUCGAAAGUGGACCAAGACCCAGUCGUGUGUGUGUACGUUCAGCCAUCCCCGCUUCCACCGCGAUUCGACCCCCGCGGCGUGGGGGGCCGUGAGAAAUCCACCCGUGCCCCGCCCCCAGGGGCCCCUACAGCACCAUCCCCCCCCACAGCAGCAGCUUGUGGACGCUGGCGCUUCGGUCCAUUGGAAACAAGACAUCGCUACGAUCGAGCUCAAGGGUCUGGAGCAGGACGACGACGACGACGCGUUCCGUCUGCUCGCUGGCGACUUGGACUCGGUUUACAUGUACGAUUGGGAAAUGUGCAUCAACCUCCUGCUCGAUGACAGCGUGUUUGUCGAGUGGGCAGAACCGAACCAAGACACUGUCCUAGCUGCGUCGGUGUAGGCGUUGCUCUUGCGUCCACCCAAUCAUCAUUUGCAUCCUGCAUGCCAGCCUAAUUAUGAAACCCUCGAACCCUCACAAUAGAAACUUAUACGCUUAAUAGAUCGUCCUACGAUGACUGAAGGCUCAUGAAGGAGCACAGUUCCUA